UUGAACAGAACAGUAAAGACUCCUUUGUUGAUUAUCCUGGUGAUCAAGUGCUUUUGACGUUGGGUUCACGUCAGUACUUGACGGCGUUUGAGGUUGAGGGAACAAUUCCCAAGAAGAAGAUGCAACACUGUGCCCAUUUUCGAACCAAUCGUCUCUGUCGAAGGGGCGAAAGUUGUCGUUUUCUUCAUGUUGUCACAGAUGCCGCCGGAUCGCCUGUUAACUCGAUUGUGGGGGAAGUGAGCCCCAAUAGCACAUCUCGUGGCGAUUCUCCCAGCUCCGAUAUUACUGUGAACCCUCGUGUUCGCCACAACGGUCCUUGGAUGAGUGGUAGCCAGGUGGCACUUAUGGUUGCACAACGUUUUACUGGGGCAACUGACGCUGCGUCGCCAAAAGUCAACCAGGGAACUGUAGGGGAGCCAAUGUUAAGCAACAGUGGCACGGAGAGUAACAACCCUGUAUUCAUGGCACGGGAGGAGCAUCAAGCAUCUGGUGAAGCAACUCCAAGUAUUGUGCCAUCGCGAAUGAUUUUCCCUAAUCAGGCAACAAUGGACAUGAGUGGCAAGAUGCGGAUGAUCAGCCCCACGCGGCGCAACAACCCGUACGCCAUGUACCACGGAGAAGAGUAA